AUGGGGGUGUUGAUGUCCAAGCGGCAGACAGUGGAACAGGUGCAGAAGGUGAGCCUGGCUGUGUCUGCCUUCAAGGAUGGGCUGCGGGACAGGCCUUCCGUCCGACGCACAGAUGAGCUUCCGGGGUCUCGCCGUGGAACGGUAGAGGGCUCUGCCCAGGAGGUGCAGGAGGAGAAAGCGGCAGAGGCAAGUGCCCCGGCGCCCCAAGAAGAGAGUGGUGUCAGCCGUGCCUCCUGGGAGCGGCUCCGGGAUGGGCGCGGAGUGGAGCCGGAGGAGUUUGACAGGACCAGUCGUCUGACACCCCCUGCCUUCGUCCGCCCCACCCGGAAGCUGGAUGACGACAAGCCUCCAGAUAUCCGCUUGGAGCCCAGAGAGCCUGUUGUUAAUGAUGAGAUGUGUGAUGUCUGUGAAGUCUGGACAGCCGAGAGUCUCUUCCCGUGCAGGGUCUGCACCAGGGUUUUUCAUGAUGGCUGCCUACGCCGCAUGGGCUACAUCCAGGGAGACAGUGCCGCAGAGGUGACCGAAACGGCCCACACGGAAACAGGCUGGAGCUGCCACUACUGUGACAAUCUCAACUUGCUGCUAACUGAGGAGGAAAUGUACAGCCUCACAGAGACCUUUCAGCAGUGUAAAGUUAUCCCUGACUGCUCCCUGACACUGGAGGACUUCCUACGCUACCGCCACCAGACAGCAAAGAGAGGGAGCAGCGACAGGGCUCUAAGUGAGGCGCAAGAGGAGCAGGCAGCCCGCCAGUUUGCAGCCCUGGACCCUGAACGCCGAGGACACGUUGAAUGGCCUGAUUUUUUGUCCCACGAGUCCCUCCUGCUUCUACAGCAGUUGCGUCCCCAGAACUCUCUGUUAAGGCUUCUAACGGUCAAGGAGCGGGAGCGAGCCCGAGCCACCUUCCUGGCCCGGGGCAGCGGGAGCACUAUCAGCGAGGCCGAGUGCCACCGUGCGCAACACUCUUGGUUCUGCAAACGCCCCAUCGAGGCUCCUUCCUGCAGUGUCAGUGUCAGCCAUGUGGGUCCCAUAGCAGACAGCAGCCCAGCCAGUAGCAGCAGCAAGAGUCAGGACAAGGCCCCACUGCCCACAGAGCCUGAGUCCAGAUUUGUGGAUUGGCCUACCUUCCUGCAGGAGAGUGUCAUCUACAUCUUGGCUGCUCGCCCCAACAGUUCGGCCAUUCACCUGAAGCCCCCAGGAUAG